CCUCUUGCGAUGCUGCGGUGGCUGAUAGGAGGGGGACGCGAGCCGCAAGGAUUGGCCGAGAAAUCUGUGCAGACCUUAGGUGAAGAGCAAACACAAAAUCCGUACACUGAGCUCCUAGUGCUAAAAGGUCAUCAUGAUAUUGUGCGGUUUCUAGUGCCAGUAGAUGAUUACAGGUUUGCCUCUGCAGGUGAUGAUGGAAUUGUAUGUUUGUGGAAUGCUCAGACUGGAGAGAAGCUGUUUGAGUUACAUGCACACACUCAAAAAAUCACAGCUCUUGCAGCUUUUCCUGUAUCUGAUGCUUGUGAAGAAAAAUGUCAUAUGAUUUUGACAGCAGGUGCAGAUAGGACUGUUAUUGUUUGGGAUUGUGACAAUGGCAGUCAAAUUCAUAAAGUAUCCUGCUUUCAUUCCACUGUAAAGUGUUUGACAGUUCUUCAAAGGCUGGAUGUAUGGUUAUCUGGAGGCAGUGAUCUGUGUGUUUGGAACCGAAAAUUAGAUCUGUUAUGUAAGACAAGUCAUCUUACUGAUUCAGAUAUCAGUGCAAUGAUUGAAUUGCCGAAAAAUUGUGUUGCAGCAGCUGUUGGCAAAGAAUUGAUAAUUCUUAGAUUGAAAGCUUCCAAAGAUGGAACUGAAUGGGAUGUCUUUGAAGUGAAACGACUUCUUGACCAUCAAGAUAAUAUUCUAUCGCUGAUCAGUGUCAGUGAUUUGACUUUUGCCACAGGCUCCCAUGUGGGUGAGCUGAUAGUCUGGGAUGCAUUGGACUGGACAAUGCAGGCAUAUGAAUGCAACUGGGAUGCAUCUCUUCAUGUGGACCCACAACAAGAAAUAAAAUUAUCAUACAGCCAAAAUAAAAUUUCAAUUCAGCAUUUAGCAUCUGAUGAAGAGUGUGUGUUUGCUGCUGUUGGAAAGGGCAUAUACGUGUAUAACCUUCAAAUGAAGCGUGUGAUUGCCUUCCAGAGGGCCGCUCAUGACUCCACUGUCCUACACAUUACAAAAGUUCCAAACAGACAAUUAAUAUCAUGUUCAGAAGAUGGCAGUGUUCGGAUAUGGGAAUUAAGAGAAAAGCAGCAACUUACAGCUGAACCUGUUCCAUCAGGUUUUUUUAGUAUUUGGGGAUUUGGAAGGGCAACCAAGCAAGCCAACAACACAGCUAAAAAGGCACCAGAGAGUACUACUAUUUAUUCUUUGGAUCUUACUGGGGAUUUGAUUGGGCACUCAUCCGCUGUGCAGAUGUUCCUUUAUUUUGGUGAACAUGGUCUGGGAACGUGCUCUGCUGAUCAUCUCAUUAUUUUGUGGAAAGAUGGAGAACGAGAGUCUAGAAUGCGUAGCCUGAUGCUAUUUCAUAAAUUAGAACGAAGUGAAGACUUGCAGCUUGGGCUCUGAGAUCAUUUAACAAGAGAUAAGUGUAUUUAU